CCGUUCAGUAACGUCCACAACACACGUCAUGUUGAAUCGACGAGACCCGCUUCGACGACUAGCGUGGCUCGAUAUGUCGCGUGCUCUCGUCGUUGCUGUUUUAUAGCCGGUCGCGGCAGCGGAGCUCCGCGAGGAACGGUCAACGCCGUGGCGUACGCGCGGACGGAGUGGGUUACGAGAAACGCGCGCAGAGAGAAAGAGAGAGAGAGAGUGUAUGUCUCGUCUGUAUGCGUGUGCACGAGUAUGCGUGAGAGAGAAAGAGCGGGAACAAGCAAACGAGCGAGGCAGGCCGACGACACAGUCGGCAUGCGAGGAGAUCGUCUCCUCGAAGUCCACGGAAAACGAUCACGCGCAUUUCGCGUUGACACGCCGAGGAAAUCGUGCGUCGUGCGUCUCCGCUGCCAAACCGCGCGGUCCCACGCACACGCGCGAUGAAACGCGAGAGAGAGAGAGAGAGAGGAAAAUAGACAAACAAAGAGAAGAUCUGUUCUUUGUAGCUAGACUAGUCUGCACUUUCCUCGUUCAAAGCGAAAGGAAGUGCAUAACCGAACGUUGGAUGAAAAAGGAGCGGCGUUGCAGUGCAGCACUAGUGCACCUACAAAGACGAUACCCAAGCUCGUGUCGAGAUCCAAUAGGAAACAAGCGCAGGAUCGUCGUGACGGCGUCCACGGACGAUAUCAGGGAAGACAUCGUGAUGAAGCAGGAACCGGAAGAUGAGGAAGAUUGUUACUUCGACGAGGAUUCGAUGCCCGCGUCGUCGCCGCUGCCGCCGUCUGCACGCACACCGUCAUCAUCGUUACUACCGACGCAGUCGUCGUCCUCGUCAUCAUCGUCGCCGGGCAGACACGGCGUUACACACCGCGUGCGUUCCCACACAGGCAGCUUGCGCGCCAUGGCAAAUCCGAGCGCUGUCUGGGCGCAUUUCGAUCUGUGUACUAACGAUCCACUGCGCGCACAGUGCCGUAUUUGUGGGGCGGUUGUUGUCAGAGGAGGCGCGAAUCCGCGUCAGUGCGGCACGACGAAUCUGCAUCGACAUCUGCGAGUACAUCACGGCGGCAGGUUGAUUGGCAGACGAUACCAUGUGAUGCAGUCAACAUCUCAAGGAAACUCGACUGCUAAAACCAUAAGGAUAUCAUCACAGUCCUUGGUGAGACCUCAUUUUCGUAAUAUCGCGCCAGCAUCAUUGUCCCAGCAGCAGCAACCGCAACAACAGCAACAACAACAGCAACAACGACAAGAACAAAGACAAUCAACGCGGCCAACAAAGACUCUUGUGUUGAAGACUAUUCCGUUGAAAGUGAAGCAAGUCGCGCCUACGACCAUCAAGAUGCCACCGCGACAGAGCAAUCCAGGAUUACCUCACAACAUUAUACAUCAACAACCCACGGAGGUUUGCUUGAGGUGGAAUAGUUAUCACAGUAACAUGCAGAAUAGCUUCCCUUCGCUGCUGGACGCAGAACAAUUCGUCGAUGUAACUUUAGCUUGCGAAGGACGGUCUCUAAAGUGCCACAAGAUGAUCUUGUCUUCUUGUAGCGAUUAUCUGGCGGACCUGCUACGGGAAAAUCCGUGCCAGCAUCCUAUUAUUCUAAUGAAGGAUCUGAAAUUCUGGGAAGUGGAAGCACUGGUUAAAUUCAUGUAUCGCGGAGAGGUCAAUGUUGCUCAUGAUAAACUGCCACAGUUGUUGAAUGCUGCUGAGGCAUUGCAAGUGAAAGGAUUAGCUGGUCCGACUUCAUCCCAAAGCACAAAGCCACCACUACUUAUACCUCAGUCAAAGCCAUUGUCGUCGCAAUCUGUAGUUCCUAAAGUCAUUACGGAAUCCAAAGAGAAUAAGGCAUCACCUUCGGGAAUAUCUACGCCUUCUAGUCCUAAGCGCGCGCAGAAGCGACCACAGUCCGAAGCUCUAGAACCAAGGCCUUUUACCAAAAUACGUUUACAACGGCCCGUCACGCCGACGUCGCCAUGUCCAGUUGUGAAAUUGGAGCCCCUGGAUAUACCUCUCAGUCCAGCUGAGUUAUUCUCCGAAAACAACGAGGAUGAUGUCACACCGCCCUCGGACUUGGACAAACUUAUGAAUUUGCACGAAGAAGACGAUCCAGGUGGCGAAGAGAUCACCGACGAAGUCGGAAGAUUACACUUUUGUGAACUGCCAGCUCCGCCGGAUUUAAACGACAACGAGGACCAAAUGGAGUUUGUACCUACCGAUUUCCUGGAACAACAGCAAGAGGAAAUUGUCGAAGAAUCAGAAACGAGUUGUAAUAAGGAUGACAGUAGUAAAAAAGAUUCUCUCGACUACACGUCUGCCGACAACGCUGAAGAAGACGACGUCGACGAAAUCGACGGAGCUGAUAGAACCGAGCACAGCGAAACACAGCCGUCGAAGAAGAAAGUGACAUAGUAAGAUAUAGGAUAUUUUUAGAUGUAACGAUCGUGGAUCUCGUAUCGCGAAUUUUAAGUGAAAACUGAAGUAUAAGAGGUAAUUGUGACUCGACUUCUCGACAUUUUUACGCGAAGGUACGUAUUCUUUAUGGUGAUGAGUGGCCGUACAAACACCAUGAAACGUAUGUGUGCGAUUCUAUUAUUGUUAAAGUGCGUCUGCGUUAUUUUCGUGAAAAUAACGCAGAUAUUUUUCUUGUUUUGUUUUUUUUUUUAUCUUUUAAUGUAUACGAUAUAAGAAAAUUAGAUAUUAUUGUAAAGAUAUGUGCAAAUCGUUCUUGUCCAUCAGGCAUCAUAUAUACCUUAACAUUAUAAUUAAAAUUACUUCAUAGAUAUACAAAUAGAUUGAGCACUUUCACAAGAAAUCGUGAAGUCUUGAUUGAAAUAAUGAUCUGUGCCACAGAGGAUUAAUCUUUAAAACUUUUAUAAUAAGACACAAUUCUUUUUCUCUCCUCUCUUCUCUCCCUCUCUCUCUUUCUCUCUUUUUAUAUAAUGUAAAUAUAUAUAUACAUAUAUAUGUUUAAGUCUAUACACGUAAGAUUGAAAAUCGUAGGAAAUCUUAAUAAAUUGUACUUACAUUGGUCUGCGCUUGAAAGAAAAAUCUAAUUCUGUGAGCGCAGUGGAUAAAUUACACUUGAAUAUUUAUAAUAACUGUUAAGGCAUAUAUAAUACCUGGUGACUCUGCCGUAUGUUUAUUUCGCGUAAACAUGAAAGUUUCAGUUCCGUGAAAAUGAUAAAAUCUAAUCGAGAAGAAUGAUAUAUUAGUAACAGUAGCGAUAGUUAAACUAUAUUGUUUCUAUCACAAUGUGAGGAGGAACUGAAUUCUAUUCAUGCAGUUGUAAAUAUUGCGGAUGAAGCACGAAGAGAUUGUUAUUUUUGGAAUGUAAGUAUACUCGAGAACACGUUUGUGCCGUUUUAUUCAGUCUCGUCAUCAAUCAGAUUUAUAAUGAAGGACUUUCUAUUUUAGUGUACAGCAUUUGACAAACCUUGAAAAAAGGUAAAAUAUGUUAGGAAAUAUCUCCGCUAGUCCAGCGCAUCUUUUUUCAAUGCGUAUAUAUUUAUUUCAAUAUCUUCUACGUGUGCUAACUUCCUAUAUACAUAUAUAUAUAUAUGUAUAUGUACGAUACGAGCAUCCGAUAUAGAGACAAGGCAUUUAUAAGAAUUAAUAGUACUGUUCGAUAUUUUAUCGAAGUACAUGUUCGUUCAGUCGUAAGUGGAUGCGAUGAAGAUUUUACUUUGUACAAGAAAAAAAAAUUCGAAUUUUAGACUCUAGAGUUGUCUUGUAACUUAUUUCGUCUAUAAAAGUUGUCGAGUGUAUCGCACAUUGAUUAAUUGCGGAUUGUAAUUAUUUGUUGCAUCAAACACGUAAACGAACGAGCGAUAUGUUCGUGUAAAGCUGUGCGUGAUUGGGACAUAAGUGUAAAUUGUAAUGUGUGAAGAUACAUCUCGAAAUAAACAGAUAUUACAACAUCUCGCUGCAAA